CUGCGCUGCUUACAACCAUUAUUUCCCCGCAAAAUCCAGACUCAAAAGACGCACGAUCUUCAGUCUUGUCUUCCCCGGUUUUCUUGUCUUCCUCCAUUCCACCUUUUAUUUUUGCCUGGUCAUUCAUAUAUAUGGUCGAAUGGCUGACAAGCAGAAUCCCAUCCAAAAUUUAAUAGCAUGUGAGCCCUGUCGCCAGAAGAAAUGCAAGUGUGAUCGAAUAUUACCAGUUUGCUCGCAAUGCUCUGACCCAGCGCGAUGCAACUACCCCGAAAGUGGGAAACGCGGGCUGCCCCAGGGCUAUAUAACCCACCUUGAAAAUCGACUCGCAGCCACAGAACGAGCUCUUUAUAGCUCAUAUGCUUACCUGCGGACCAUCUCUCCCCGGUCGUUCAGCAUUCUCGAUGGCCCCCAGCCAAAUCCCUCGAGAACUGCUGCCACCAACGAAUGGUCAAGGUUUCCACUGCACACUCCGGAGGACCUCGAAAACUGGUGGGUGGAAAAGUCGCGCGUAUAUGGGCCUAUUGAAGGCGAGGCGCCGCCAGAAUGGAGUCCGGGAACGACAGGAACGACCUCCGGGAACAAGGAAGCCAAUGUCUCGACGAGUUUGAAUAGCCUUAGCUAUAAUCACGUUCAGGCACGUCCGUCUACAAGUUAUCCGAGGGAGGGGCGAGCGGAGCGACUAGUAGAGCGAGAAUCGGCCGUGUAUUUCUAGAACUAUAUAAUUUAUGAAAAUUCCAACUCAGCUGUAUUACUCCGUU